AUGUCGGAAAUAUCCUUACAAGGACUUUCCGGUGACCAGCCAGCAGAUUUUCCGGCAUCCUUACAGGGAUUCUCCGGCAACCAGCCAGUAAUUUUCCCGGAAUCCUCACAGGGAGUCGCUGGUGACCAGCCAGCAGUUUUUUCAGCAUCCUUACAGGGAGUCUCCGGUGACCAGCCAACAGAUUUUCCGGCAUCCUUACAGGGAGUCUCCGGCAACGCCGAUCUUUUGUCGGAGAUUCUCCUCCGGCUACCUCCAAAAUCCCUUCUCCGAUUCCAAGCCGUUUGUAAAGACUGGUUUUCGAUCAUCUCAAGCCGUACAUUCCGGCAACUUCACUGCCGGAGAAAACUCACUUCCGGCAAAGUUGACGGACUAUUCUUCUGCUGGUGGGUCUAUGGUAAUAACUAUGUUGACUUUAUCCCUCUCAAUGGGAUACCCAAAAAGCAAAGGGGUAUGAUUCCUUCAGCACUCAAAAAUAUUGCUAAUUCUACAUCAUCAAAAAUUGAACAAUUACAUUCCUGUAAUGGGUUGUUCUGUAUAAGUUUCAAUUUGGGUAUUGAAAAUCUUGAUUAUUAUGUCUAUAAUCCUAGUACAAAUCAGCAUAGAUUGAUUCCACUCCCAUAUUUAGGUAUAAAAGCUUAUGAGAUUGUUGUAAUGAAUUUGGCUUUUGAUCCUAUGGUAUCUGAUUGUUAUAAACUUGUAUGUGUGAUGAAAUUAAAUGGGGUAUAUGAAAUUUUUGUAUAUUCAUCAGAAACUGAAGUUUGGAGAGAUUGUAUGGAGAUGGAGAUGGAGAUGUUGAAUCAACAUUGUUUAGGUCAGGGUGUUUUCUUGAAUGGUUGUAUGCAUUGGGUUAGUGAAAUGUCGUCUUUCUUAAGGUUCGAUUUGGAUUUGAUGUGUUUUAGAGAUAUGCCUAGUACUGAUAUUCCUGUUGGAGUGUUGAAAAGGAGUAUAAGGUAUUUUGGGGAGUCGGGUGGACAUUUGCAUCUAAUUGAGGUACAUGGGUUAAGGUCGAUGAGUUUUGAAGUUCUUGAGAUGGAGAUUGAUUAUUCUAAGUGGUUUGUGAAGUAUCGUGUUGAUCUUAGUUCGUUGCAUACUACUUAUCCGUUAAUGUUGAGUGAAGAACUUGAUUUACUAGAUGUGAAUGGUCGUACUUGCAAUGUUGUAUCUUUGGUUGUCAAUGAUAAGGAAGAUACAGCAAGGUUUUUGGUAACCACACCUGAUGUUAUCAUUGAAUAUGAUGCUCAUCUUAUGACUAUCAAGGAGGUUGCGGACAUAGAGAUAGCAAAGAUCCCUGUUAUCUGGGAAGAUGUUUCGGUGUUUGAAUGGUAUGAUACACAUCAAUAUGUUGAGACAAUGGCGCGUGUUUGAUAUUGCUAUGGUUUCUUGUAUAGAAGUUUGUUUACUUAAAGAAAGGAAGUGGUGAUGGAUGAACCAUAUUCAUGUAUAUAAACGACGUGAUCAUGGUCACUCUGACUCAUCAUUGAAGACGCGCUUAUGAUGUUUGUGGUCUAUUUGCUGGAAAGAAAUCUUGUUUUUUGCAUAAACUUCAUCAGAGAAUUGUAUUUGUGCAGUUUGACUCCAUCUCUAGUUGCUUUCUUCAUUUGUAAAUGUUUUGUAAAAUUACUAGUUUCCCAUGGAUGUAAUUGUCGUGUAAACGACUUGUUGUACAUUGACAAUUCAAGGUGGAUGAUAU